GCUGACUUGGAGGGGCGUGGUCAAAGAGCCUAGCUACCGCCUGCUAAUGCAGUUAGAGUAGAUUAACCAAGUCAUCUCCCUGCAUGCACUUUCACCGAGGCCUCUCGUCACCUCGUGGCUUACGACUCACUUAUCAGCAUAAACAGCUUAUGUUUGGAAUAAUUUGGUUGAACCAUUUCUCAUGUUGAGCAUCGAAAUGUCAACGCCGUGACAUGCCAACGUAGCGGCUAGCUAGCUGUCUUGCUAGCCGGGGUGUCAGUGUCCUCUUUGCCCACGGGAGCAUAAAUGUGUGACACAUUGUACGGCCGUGGCGUAGGUGAACGACACACUGGGGACGAUGCGGAAGGACGUCAGGAUCUUACUGGUUGGCGAACCCAAGGUGGGAAAGACAUCUCUCAUCAUGUCCCUGGUCAGCGAGGAGUUCCCAACUGUGGUUCCUUACCGAGCUGAGGAGAUAACCAUUCCUGCAGAUGUCACUCCAGAGAGAGUCCCCACACACAUUGUCGACUUUUCAGAUGCUGAGCAGACAGAUGAGCAGUUGUUCCAAGAGAUCUCAAAGGCAAAUGUGAUUUGCAUUGUGUACUCCGUCAACAAUAAGACGUCGAUAGAGAAGGUGACCAGCUACUGGAUCCCCCUCAUUCUUGACAACACAGACAAGGACAGCAGGGUUCCUCUCAUCCUGGUGGGAAACAAGUCUGACCUAGUGGAGCACAGUAGCAUGGAGACCAUCCUGCCCAUUAUGAACCAGUACAGCGAGAUCGAGACCUGCGUCGAGUGCUCAGCAAAAAAUCUGAAGAACAUCUCCGAGCUGUUCUACUAUGCCCAAAAGGCUGUCCUUCAUCCCACUGGCCCCCUCUACUGUCCAGAGAAAAAAGAUAUGAAGCCACUUUGCGUCAAGGCGCUGACGCGAAUCUUCAAAGUGUCCGACUUGGACAACGAUGGUAUUCUCAAUGAUAGUGAGCUCAACUUCUUUCAGAGGACAUGUUUCAACAUGCCACUGGAGCCGCAGGCGUUGGAGGAUGUGAAAAAUGUCGUGAAGAAAAAUUUGAGAGAUGGGGUGUGCGACAAUGGACUCACUCUCAAAGGCUUCCUGUUCCUCCACACGCUGUUCAUCCAGCGAGGUCGACACGAAACAACGUGGACGGUCCUGAGGAGGUUCGGAUAUGACGACGACCUGGAGCUCAAUCAGGACUACCUCUUCCCUCCGCUGAAAGUCCCCGCCGACUGCACCACAGAGCUCAACCACACAGCCUACCUCUUCUUGCAGAGUGUCUUCGACAAACAUGACAAGGACCGUGACUGUGCCUUGUCGCCAGAGGAGCUGAGGGACCUGUUUGAUGUUUUUCCCUACAUGCCCUGGGGUCCUGAUGUCAACAAUACAGUGUGCACCAACGAGCAGGGCUGGAUCACCUACCAGGGUUAUCUCUCACAGUGGACUUUAACAACUUAUCUGGAUGUCCAGCGUUGCCUGGAGUAUCUGGGCUACCUUGGCUAUUCAAUCAUAGCUGAGCAGGAGUCCCAAACAGCAGGGAUAACAGUGACCAGGGAUAAGAAGAUUGACUUGCAGAAAAAGCAGACACAGCGUGGCGUCUUCCGCUGCAAUAUCUUCGGAGAUGUCGGCAGUGGGAAGAGCGGCUUCCUCCAAGCCCUUUUGGGGAGAAACCUGAUGCACCAGCAAAUGAUCAAAGAAGAACAUAAAUCCUACUACGCCAUCAGCACGACCUUCGUUUAUGGUCAGGAGAAAUACCUUCUUCUUCAUGAAGUGUUCCCUGACUUGGACUACCUGUCUGACGCCGACCUGACCUGUGACAUCGUCUGCUUGGUGUAUGACAUCAGCAACCCGUACUCCUUCGAUUAUUGCGCUAAAGUCUUCAAGCAAUACUUCAUGGACUGCAAGAUCCCGUGCAUGAUGAUAGCGGCCAAGUCGGACCUGCCCGAGACGAAACAGUUCUACGGCUGCAGUCCUCUGGAGUUCUGUCGGAGGCACAAAAUGCCUCCUCCGCAAUCGUUCACUUGUAACACAGCGGGGCCGCCUAGUAGAGACAUCUACACCAAACUCAGCACUAUGGCCAUGUACCCCCACGCACGACUGCGCUGCAUGUGCACUUGUAACCGCUGCACCUUCUGCUUGUGUCAGAACCUGCUCAACUCCGAGCUGCUGCAGACGGUCAGGGCCAAACUCCACGCUGUGGUUCUCCGCAGACACAUGAGCCAAGCGGACCUGAAGAGUUCUGCCUUCUGGCUGAGAGCAAGUGUCGGCGCCACCGUGUUUGCUGUGCUGGGCUUCGCAAUGUACAGAGUUCUGCUCAAACCACGGUGAUGCCUCUCAUGACUACCCACAACCCUUUCUUGUACGAUACAUACUAUAUGGACAAAAGUAUUGGGACAGUCAUUCAGCUAUGGGUGUGAUCGACCAUAUGAAAGUCUUAAAGGAGACAUCAUGUUCGUUUUAAAACGGUUUUCAGGUGUUUUCACAUGUCUGUGACUUUCGGUGAAAUACCCCCAAAUAGUCUCAUAGGCCACUUUGUACACUGCAUUUCCUGUCUUGCUGAAAUCAAUUUUAGGGGCCAGCAAAAAGACAAACAAUAAAAAGUCAAUUUUUCCGGAUUAUGUCUUCCGUAUUAACAAGAUAUUUCGUUUAACUUUAUGCCUCCAUCUUGUUGAGAGGCCCUCUCUUUUCAAGCCACAUUAAUAAAGACGGUGUUGGAUGGGUUCGGUUUAAAAGAACUCCAUCACAAAUGAGCACCGUCCAUCAACAUGCUCUCCAAAAUCUUCUAAAAAGAAUCCCAGAAGAAUUGAAGCGCUUAAAUCUGCAAAGAGAGCCUUUCUUCAUCAUUUCCUUUAAUAUUACUGCAUGUGGGUGAAAUUGCAACGUGUCCCAAUCCUUUUGUCCAUCCAGUGCAUCAACACAGGUACCAAAUUUCUGACUUGAGAUGCACUGAUAUUUAUUGUGCUAAAAAAAAAAAAAAAAAAGUUGCAAUAUUUAAUUUUCUACUUCAAAGUGUAAUUUUGCUUAUUGUGCAUGUGUGCAGAAAGAAAACAUAUAUUUAUAUCGGAGGAAUAUAAGAAGCUGCUGCUGAUUGAAGCGUAUUAAAUUGUAUACGGGUGUGUUCCAUAAUGUUUUUUUUUUUUUUGGUUGGCCCGUUGACUGCACUUGUCAAGCCGGGCGAGAGAUGCAAUAUUUUAAUUAGUGAUAGUGUACAUACUGUAAAUAACUCUGUGCUUGUCCUUCAGACUGGCUGACAUGAUACUUAAGCAUCGAUAGUAUUGAUUUAUUUAUUGUUUUUGCCUUUUUAUGGCCAAGUGUGUGAAUGGGGACAUGUGACCUGCACAAUUUAGUCAUGCUGCAAAACACAUUUUAUCAUUUCUGACCACAUUCCAUCCAUUACUCGCCAUAAUUAGUAUGUGCUGUGUAGCUGAAAAUGAAAACAUCUUUGUUUCUCCCCAUGACCUUUUUCGAAAUCUCCACCGAAUGUCUUGUAGCGGAAGAUUCAACGUCAGUCUGUAAUGUACAACUGCUUGCCAUAUGUUACGAUUGGAUGAACAGUAUUUCACAGGCACCACCAUUUGGAAAAAUCACAAUAAAUACCAAUCAUCUGGUUUGA